CCUGUAGUAUUCCCUACAAAAAGCUGCUAUGAGUUUAUUGAUAAGUAAUCAGUAUGGCGGCAAAGAAUCCUAAUAUCGAUUAUUGUUGGCGUGACUACCAUGGAAGAACACCUCCCGAUGCCUAUUCUCCAGGAAUUGAUGUAAAUGGUCUCAAGAUUUAUGUCGGUCAGACGUUCAUAGUAGAAAGACCUGGGGUAUAUCCUACAGCAAUACGACCCGGAAAACCUAUAGUCGCUUCGAUAGAUGGACCAAGAGAAGCCAGCAAUUUUGUACAGAUCCUGUGCACCCGACAUGCUGAACGUUUCAAAUGGAUCCGAACUGACGCUACAAAACUUCACUUGAUCCCAAGAAACUACCACCCUAUUUUAGCGGGCAUAGAAGAAGGAAACCGUCUAUAUAUCGGCAGAAUAAGUAACCAGGGUGAAAUGAUCAUUGGAAAAAUCCUCGCUGGCCAUGUGGGCAAUGCUUUGAUGUGGUUUGCGCACAACAAUUCUGAGAAAAGUGCCAGUUCUUAUGAGGUUCUGACUUAUGAUGACGGUGAUAAUAACGCAGCUUAUCGCUCUAGUAUUACAGUUAAUAUCAAACGUUCUGGACGUUAAAUUAAAUAGUAUCUUACGUUAUACCGUAUGAUCGAAAAAACCGGGGUCCAAUUGGCUUGGAAAUGAACAUCGAUAACAUUCACCAUAAAAUUUUAAAUAUAAAAUGACAGCGAUGUUCGUUUCAUAGCCACCGCUAACACCGUUUUUUUUCGAUCAUAUUGUUACUAUACCUUCUACUAAGGGCUGGCAAAGGUUAGUUUUGGGUCGAGAUUUCCGUAUGUAAGAACACUACAAUGCGUUUAUAAUGUACUCU